GGUUAUCAAAAAUGUCGACAGCAGUGACAAUUACCGCUCCGAGCGUCAAGCAUAUCCUUUUGGAUUCGCUUGUGGUUAUGAAAAUUGUGAAGCACGUGGACAGUGAACUUCAUGCAGGAAUUAGUGAGGUAUCUGGAGACGCUUGUGCCGGAGUUCUCACCGGUCUUGUUUUCCUUGAAGAUUCUCGCUUGGAAAUCACCAAUUGCUUCCCAACAGUUCGCAACGAGCCAGUUAUGGAUGACGAUGCUAAUGCCGCUCAACAAUACGAAGAGCAAAAGCAACACGAGAUGCUUGACAUGCUCCGCAAAUUCCGUACAAUGAAUAUCGAUUACGAAAUCGUUGGAUUCUAUCAGUCUCAUCAAUUCGGAGCCGGUUUCUCACACGAUCUCGUAGAAUCUAUGUUCGAUUACCAGGCUAUGGGCCCAGAAAAUGUUGUUCUUAUUUAUGAUCCAAUCAAGACUCGCCAAGGACAGCUUUCUCUAAGAGCCUGGCGUCUUUCCACCGCUGCUCUUGAUCUCGCUUCAAAGAAUGACUGGAGACCAGAAUUGGUGAAAGCCGCUGGUUUGACAUACCAGAACAUGUUCGAGGAGUUGCCAAUCAUCAUCAAAUCCUCAUAUCUCAACAAUGUUCUCAUGUCUGAGCUUUCACUCGCUAAAUCAUGCUCUUCUGACAAGUACUCCACGAGACACUUCGAUUUGGGAUCCAAGAAGUCGCUUGAAAAGUCGGUCCGAGCUAUGAUGGCUAAUGUUGAUGAGCUGAACAAGUCAAUUCAGUCGUUGACGAAGUACACUAUUGACAAGCAAAGACAUGAUAAUAUGGUGUUCAGUCUGACGCAGAAAAGACAACAGGAGAACGAAUCACGUGUGGCCCGUGGUGAUCCAACAAUUCCAAUGGAUGACAUCAAGAGAAUCAAGGCUCCACAACUCCAAACAAGAAAUGGACUUUUGGAUGAGCUUCUCGCCAGUUUUGACACCAACGCUCUCGCUGACUUCUCGAAGACUGUGACCAGCGAAAAUAUCACGAAAAUGUUCAUCGCUGAAGCUGUUGCUGAGGAGAAAGUCGCCGGAACAAAAGACAGAACUUUGAGCUCUGUCUCAUCGACUCGUUAAGAUUCCCAAAUAUACUCGUGUUUUUGUUUCCUCCCUGUUCCCUUUAAUUUACUUUUUCUUUUCUAAAAUAUUUUUCUCUCGGUGAAAGGAAUUUCAUAUUACAUAAAACUAGUGACAUAAAAUAAUGUCUCACUUUCAAUAUAGGGAUAUUGUUUUUCAUCCAAAUUUUUUUGCCGUAUGAAAUUCCUUUCUGGUAUCCUUUUCCACCUUCCCCUAUUUCGGAUGAAUUUUUGUUGUUGACUAAUAGUAAGUUAAGAUUUUAAAAUUUCUAUUGGUAUUGUUCUUUUUAAUUGAGUUUUCAAGUUUUUUCAAUCAGUAAAUCAAAAAAGUUAACAAAAAAUUUAUUUGUGAAACAAA